UCAUGGUUUGGCCUGUUCUUCGUACGUUCACGUCCUGUUUGAGAGCUACCUUCAAUGUCAGAGCGAUAGGAUCACUUUCUGCAUCGUUUCAGCUAACAGACGAGGCCAUCUUCAGCGAUGAGCACGAGUCAAUGCGACGUUCUCUUCGAAAACUGAUCGACCAGCACAUCAACCCAUACGUAGAUGAUUGGGAAGAGGCCAAAUCUUUUCCAGCUCACCAGGUUUUUAAGAAACUAGGGGAAGCUGGCUUCCUAGGUGUGAGUAAACCUACGGAGUACGGGGGGCUGGGGCUGGACUUCUCGUUCAGUGCAGCAGUGGCUGAAGAGCUCGGUCACAUCACGUGUGGAGCCAUACCUAUGGCAAUCGGGGUUCAAGCUGAUAUGGCUACCCCCGCUCUCGCUCGUUUUGGAAGUGAUGAGAUGAAAAGAAAAUUUUUGGCACCGUCCAUAUCCGGGGAAUAUGUGGCGUGUGUGGGCGUGUCUGAGGCUGGAGCUGGUUCAGACGUGGCAAGCAUAAAAACGACAGCUCGACCAGCAGCUACAGGUGAUGACCUUAUUAUUAAUGGAGGGAAGCUGUGGACAACUAAUGGAGGUCAAGCUGAUUGGAUGUGUUUGCUUGCAAAUACAAGAGCUGGUGAUCCUCAUCGAAAUAAGUCACUAAUUUGUGUACCAAUGAAUACAAAAGGAGUUACAAUCAGUAGAAAUAUUGACAAGCUUGGAAACUGGGCUUCUGAUACGGUCGAGGUCGCUUUGGAGGAUGUGCGAGUGCCAAAGUCUCACAUCAUUGGUGAAGAAGGCAAAGGAUUUCAAUACCAAAUGAUGCAGUUUCAGGAGGAGAGAAUGUGUGCUACUGCUCUUAUCGUGAAACCUAUGCAGAGACUGAUUGAGCAAACUGUGGAUUACACUCGAAAUCGUAAGGCAUUUGGACGGGCUAUUCUUGACAAUCAAGUUGUUCAUUUUCGAAUAGCCGAGUUACAGUCAGAAUUAGAAGCCCUUCGUAGCCUUCACUACAGAUGCAUUGGACUGUAUAUAAAGGGCAGGGAUGUCACACCACUGGCAUCGAUGGCAAAGCUGAAAGCUGGACGAUUGGUUCGAGAGGUGACCGAUUCGCUUCUGCAGUAUUGGGGAGGAAUGGGCUACACAUCAGAAGUUGAAGUGAGUCGCCAGUAUCGUGAUGCAAGAGUUUUAUCGAUUGCUGGAGGUGCCGAUGAAGUAAUGCUAUCUAUCAUUUGCAAGUCGAUGAGGACAUUACCACAACGUUCAUAAGUAGGACAAGUGAUGGCUAAUAUAGUAGACUAUUUGUUUGUUUAGCACUAAUAAAUGCAAAUAAAAGUCACAAUCAAU